AAUAAAAUCAGUUAAUUUAAUUUUUCUCAAAAAUUGUUUAACUUCUUUUUCAGUACAUAAGUCAUCCAAAUCGUCUUUCAAUGUUACCAGCAAUUAUAUUUAUACUAAUAUUCUUUCUGUUCCAAGCAGGAAGUUUUUACAUUUAUUGUCAUUGUGCAGAAAUGUUGCAAGUAGAAAGUUAUGCAUUCGCCGACACGGCUUACGAAACUGAAUGGUUUAAUUUGCCUUCGAAGGAAGCAAAAUGUCUUCUGCUAUUAAUGCAGAGUGGUCAUAAACCAGUUGAAAUCACAGCCGGAAAAUUUUGUAUUCUUAAUUUUAUGAUGUUUGGAAGUUGUAUUCACUAA